CAAGCCUCGAGACCGUCCAGCGCGCGGCGCUAAACUGAACCCGACCAAAUGCCGCCGCUCCUCACCUCCUCCUCCCUACCGGCGCUGCCGCUACCGCCGCUGGCCGCGUCGCCCAGGUCCCGCCUCAGGGUCGCGGCCUCCACGCCGGACGGGGCCGGCGCCACUGCCAGAGGCACCAGCGCGGCCGGGUUCCCGUCCUUCCUUCCCCAGGCGGUGGAGCGCAUCCGCGACGGCGCCGCCAUCCGCCUCGCCAAGCGAAUCGAGCGCGUCCCCGUCCAGACCGGUUUCUCGGAGAGCGCGAUACCGAGCAGCUGCGUGAGGCCGCUCAAGCUGCAACAAGACGGUGAUCCGGUCGUGCUGCUGCAUGGCUUCGACAGUUCUGUUCUAGAGUGGAGAUACACCUACCCGUUGCUCGAGGAGGCCGGAUUGGAGGCUUGGGCUGUGGACAUCCUUGGUUGGGGCUUCUCUGAUUUAGAAGCACGGCCUCCAUGUGAUGUUGCAUCCAAACGCGAGCAUCUUUACCAGUUCUGGAAAUCCUACAUCAAAAGGCCUAUGGUGUUAGUUGGGCCAAGCCUUGGUGCUGCUGUUGCCAUUGAUUUUUCAGUCAACUACCCGGAUGCGGUCUCAAAAUUGAUCUUCAUUGGUGCAAGUGUAUACUCUGAGGGCCCAAAAGAUAUGACUAGGAUGCCUAAAUUUGUUUCAUAUGCUGGGGUGUUCAUAUUGAAGAGUCUUCCACUGCGAUUUUUAGCAACAAAUUUGGCAUUUAAAAAAGCUCCAAAUGAAUUCUUUGAUUGGGUGCAAAUUGGCCGUCUGCAUUGCCUACUCCCCUGGUGGGAGGAUGCUACAGUAGAUUUUAUGAUAAGAGGGGGUUAUAAUGUCAUAAACCAAAUAAAACAGGUGAAGCAUAAAUGCCUGAUCAUGUGGGGAGAGGAUGAUGGAAUAAUAAGCAGCAAACUAGCAUAUAGGUUGCAUCAGGAACUCCCAGAUGCAAUUCUGAGGCAGGUCCAGCAGUGUGGUCAUAUUCCUCACGUCGAAAAGCCAAGGGAGGCAGUAAAACAUGUGAUUGAAUUCCUUGCAAGAAACACGUCAAACAAGUCGGAUCAGUCUUCUUCCGAACCAUCAGUACUUGUGAACCGCUGAACAGAUUACAGAUCCUUGAGGGUAGGCUGUACAAAGUGAAAUGUGCCCAUGGAUGAUGGAUACUGAUAGUCUGAUACGCUCGCUAUGCUCAGCCAAGCUGCUGCUGAAGGCUGAAGCUGAACUCAGCGAUGUUUCGCCGCAAGGUUACCGUCUGCCUGCCGAGCUGGCGCUAAGGCCUUCCUGUGGAGUUGGAACGAAGUGACACUAGAAGAUGGAGCGCGUGUCCCUGUCCCGUGUGGUAUAUCAGCUGCUGUUUUUUCUAAAUUAAGGUUGUUGGUCAGUUAGGAGCUAGGACUAACUGUACUCUACGGAAGCACUGCAAUGCAAAGACGCAGUGGAUUGGAGCAAGACGAUUUCGGCCGUUGCCAGUACCCUAUACAACAGUACCAUGUAAAAGUAUGCUUCUCUGUGAUUGAGAAACACCUGCAGUUGGUAUCCGCAACGGCGUGCCCGUGCCGUGAGCCCGUUAUCGGCCGA